AAUUAGCAACGCCUAAAAAAUGUCAGCUUCAUCUUUGGUUGGACCCGCGACGGACAACGCUAGCGUGGUCGACCAAGGACUCGAUGUCGACAAUACAAGAGCCGAUGUUAUGAAACCUGUCACAUCAAUAAGGUUGAACGACAUCGACUUGGAUUCCGACCUCGUGCUAAGCAGCGAUAGCGAUGGUCUUAAUGGGUCCGAACUGAACGUCGCAACGACCACGGAAGAUGAAGAACUUCGUCACAUCCAUCCCGAGAUCAUAGAGCUCAGUGUGUUAAGGUCUAGUAGGAGUCAUACUGAUAGGAUUCACACAGGUAGCCGGACCGAUCAUCAUCGUCAUCAUCAUCAUCAUCAUCACCAACAUCAACAACAUCCACCAAACCUUCAGGAGAAUCAUGACAGAAUCGCGAAGGAAGGAUCUUCUGCUGCAAUUUCUGUCGAAUCGGAAAUCGAUCUCGAGAACGAGGUGACCAAUCAACAAUCAUCUGAUCUCCCAAGUGAACGAAUGUUUCGCCCAAGUGAUCUCUUCAUGCGCUCGCAUACGGCGGCUUCAACAACCAUCGAAACCACGGCUGACACCGAGGAUGAUGUGCGCAUGUCUUCGAACAAACGAACCGUCAAGACAAAAAAGAAGAAAGUCCGACGGUCGUCUGCGAGUGAAACAGACACCGUGGACACCACGCAGCACAUAGCAGCCAAUCAGCGUGCACAUACUGGGCGACGCGCUACAAGACGCGCACUGGAUGCGCGUUACAGAUCUAUCGACGGGGCGGAGUCGCACAUCAUCUUUGCACCAUUUCCCUUCGCUAUCAUCUCGGAUAACAAUCGGAUCGGGAAGGACAACGAACAGUUGCGAAGAGCGAUUGCAUUGAACAAUGUGAUUGUGAGUGAUGAAUGUGAUGAAGACGAAGGGGGUGUUGAUGACGAUAACUGGAAUGAGAAGGAAAUCGACGAGGAUGAUGACCAGGGAGAUGAUGAAUCAGUAGCAUCAACAUGUACAUCGAUACCAGCUACUCAGCAGAUCUCUUCAAACAUCCACCCUUUAUCCAUCUCAUCAACUUCAUCCUCGUCCGUCAGCAUCGUAACCUGCCGCAUUUGCUUCCAGCCAGAGGAAGGGGACUCGAUACUUUACCGUCUGGUUAGUCCCUGUCUUUGUGAAGGAACCAUCAAGUACCUUCAUCAGUUCUGUUUGAAUCGUUGGAUAGCCGAGAGCGGAACUCCCAGCUGUGAGCUGUGUGGGUAUCAAUUCCAUCUUCGUACUUCGUCAAUGAGAAACGUAUUACACUGGCGUUUGAUCGAGUUAUCACAGUGGGAACGCGUUCAUCUAUCCCUUGGUUUCUUUUCACUUCUCUUCGUGGUUGUAUCUCUCAGCUAUAUGGUGUGGGUGACCAUCAGUUCGGACCCCCAGGCCGUCCACACUCGCCAGUCUGUGACGGCUGAGAUCCUCUUCCCCAUCUACGCUUGUCUCGAUGCCCUAACCCUAUGCGUGUGUAGCUACGAGAUGAGUAGCACUGUUAAACGACUGUGGCGCCGGUGGCGUGCCACCAAUAGUUGCCUCAUCGUAUUGGACAAACCGGUUAAAAGGAGGAGGAGAGAUAACGUCGUUUCCGUUGUGCUUCCCGCGCAAGGUUCAAACCAACCAAGCAGCUCGAUAGAUGCCACCGCUACUGAAGAAAGCCUUGCUGAAUGCACCACAGAACAUGCGGAAGAUAACACGGACGAUGUCCAUGAUGGUGCAGACAGUUCUUCUACCAAGUUGCUCAUCUCUAGUCACGUGAGAAGUGGCCCCCGUCAGACUGCUCCUGAUGAAUGUUCAGUGACAUUAUCGAUUGCAAAUCAUGAUCCUUUGACCUCCUGUUCAAACUUGGCAAUCGCUGAGGACGAUUUCAUGUGCGAUAAGAUGUAUGUAGAACAUUUAAAUACAGAGACAAUGGUCUAA